AAGGAAUAAAAAAAAAGUUUUUUUUGGGUCAGAGUCUACGCAAAAAAAGCACAGGCGGGUUUAAGCACGCUGAAAAAACCUCCUUCCGGCCUCGAGGCUCUUGAUUUUCUCUGCACACUCACUACCAAUCCCAGUUAUAGUGGCGAUGGGGGAUAAAGCCGGAAAAAAUUUCACAAUGCCCCAGAAGAAGGGUGUAAAGUCUUCCCUCAAAUCUAGCUCCGGAAAGGAAGGAACCUUGAAGGGGAAGGAUGAUAGCUCCGCAAAGUCAAAGAAAGGAAGAAAAGUUCAGUUUGAUGCAGGUGUAGCUGAACCCAAAUCGAAUUUCUCGUCAAAAUAUGGUGGGAAAGGCGAUACACCAACCGCAUUCCCUAAAGGAAAAGGGGACAGGCUUUUUAAUAGCGGCAAGAGUUCUGUGCCAAAAACACCACAACCACUGGAGCUGAGAAUUGAAGAUGAACUUCCAAAGAAUGUUAAAUGCCUACUGGCCUGUGAGGCUGCUGAAAUAUUACAAGGAAUCCAGGAGCAUAUGGUCUUUUUAUCUAAGGAUCCUACCAUUAAAACCCCAGUAUCAUUUGACAGAGGACUGCAGUAUGCUAAAAGAGGGAGCCAUUAUACAAAUGCCCUGUCCAUACGAAAAGUUCUCGAGACUCUCACCCAAUACGGUGUCACGGAUGGUGAGAUAUGCAUAAUUGCCGAUGUUUGUCCAGAAACUGCUGACGAAGUAUUUGCUCUAGUCCCAUCUUUGAAGGCUAACAAAAGCUUGCUCCGUGAACCCGUCAAGAAGGUUUUGCUUGAGCUAGCUAAGCUUAAGCAGCCAACCCCAAACAAUAAAAUGUAAAGAUUCCCGGUACAUUGAGGACGAAGGAGACGAAGAUAUGGAGGGUUCUUAUGGUGAAGACUUGCAUGGAAGACAGUCAUUUUCGCCGCAAUUGAAAUUUGUACAACCUUUUUCUGUCUUCUGUUUUUGUUCCCCCGGGAAUUGAAGAUGCUAUGUAAAUGAAUCCUUGCAACUCAUUUGGCAGCUUAUUUAUUAGAAUUAAAUUCUCGGACA